AUGGAUGUGGAUUUAUUGAGACCAGGCACUGUACCAAUAUCUCCUGACACAAUUCUUUGGUUUGAAUUUUUAUUAAAUCCAUCCUUGUUACAACAACAUUUAUCUAAACCCUUUCCUGAUCCCUCAGCUACGGACUUAAUAAUCAAGUUUAUGACAAUAAAUUCAGAUCAAAAGGAGAAUGAAGUGAAAAUUGUUGAUUCAGAAUCUAAUGAUACAAAACCUAACACUGCAGUUAAAUGGACUCAUAGAAAUCUUGCUUUGAAAAUUCUUUCUUUGAAAGUAGCAGCUCAUUUAAAAUGGGAUUUGGAUAUAUUAGAAAAGAAAUUACCACUACCAAUACAGUUAACAUUGCUCCAAGAUCUUCUUUAUAUAACAUCAGAUUUAACUGUUGAAAUACCAGCUAUACCUGAAUUUACGAUGCAUCCAAUGUCUGAUCAGUUGCUAUUUACAAUUGUUUUAUAUCAUAGAUGGCAUAUAAGAGCAAUUCUUUAUAAAGCUUUAAAUAACAAACAGUCAAAACAACAAUUUCUUCAUAUUCCAGGUAUACAAGAGUCAACAUAUGUACCUCCUGGAGUAGUAGAUGAUAUAAUUAGAAAGUUAGAAACUCAAGUAUCUAAUAGUAUAAAUGUUCUGAAUAAUGUUCUGGAAAGUAAAGAUAUAAAUCCAAAAAUGUUAUCGUUUGAUACUUUUCAAAUGUUAUCUGAAGAUAGUACAGAGAUUAAACAAAAUUGGGAAAAUAUGUAUUCUAUAAAUUUAGAAGAAUUUAAAUGCCAGAAGAAAAGUUAUAUUGCAAAGUUCAGAAAGAAUAUCUAGAUGGUUGUUGCUUAGCCUGUGAAGUACCUGUAGAAGAAGUUACUUCCAGUCUUACUCAGCAAUUGCAAGCAUCAAUUAAAGAUCAAUACACUAUUCUACAAGCAGACAAUAUUUCAAGAGAAAUUCCUCAAGUUUAUAGAGAUAAUUUGGAACUUGAUGUGCAAGGAGGAUCUGUUAAUAGAAAAAUUGUUGUAGCUCGUGAUCUUUUGCUUCAAAUUCAGUGUUUAAAUUUAGUUAGAAAAAUUUUAGAUGGUAAUAUAAUUCUUGGCGAUUAUGUAACAGAAAUACAAGCAGCUGGUAGCAAAGGAAUUGAUGCUCUUGAAAACGUUCUAAAACAAGCUAGUGCUACAGACAAAAAACAUAUUUCUCACUAUCUUCUUUAUUUUGUACAUACAAGUUAUAUUGAUAGGUUUGCUUCUAAAAUACUUAGUAAUCCAUUAUAUAUGACAUUAUUUAAUGAAAAUGAAUUGGAUGAAAUUAGAAAAUCAGCCUCUGUUGAAGAACUUGAAAUACCGGAUUUAUUAUUAAAAAAUGAUUGGGGUAUUCCAUUAACAACAUAUACUCAAAACUCAAGACUAGAGAUAUUUGGGUUAGAACAAAAAUUAAUACAAUCAUACGAUACUAAUGAAAUUCACGAAACAUUGAUACAUCUAGAUGGCAAACAUCGAAUGAAACCACUAUGGCAUGUAAAUAGUUGUUGGGAAUUACCUAUUCCAUUACAAAGUGUUGUAAUAUCUCUACCUAGAGGUUUUCUUCAAGAUUAUUCAUAUGUAUUAUUAGCAAAAAGUAGAGAAUUAGUAAUGUCUAAGGAUUUUGAAGGAGCAAUUGAAAUUUUAAAUGUAUUGGAAAAAGAAGUGCAGCAGCAUUCACAAAGUGGCAACACAUUAAUAUUUAAAUUGUGUAAAUUAGUAAAUUGGGAAUGCCUUCUUGUAGAAAUUUGGAGAUGUUUUCACAUUUGGCCAGCGACAAGUGAUACACAAAAUUUAGUCACAAAAUGUAAGCAAUGUCUUGGAGCAUUACAAGCAACAGAUCAAGUUAUACCACGACAAGAAAUAAUUGAAUAUUGCACUGUUUUUCUUUUAAAUAUGACUGAAUGGGAAUAUUUAACAAGUUUAGAAAAACGUUGGAGUUAUUCAGAAUUUGCAGCAGCUGUUAGUAGCGUGUGUCAAGAUAUUGUUAAAUAUAAAGGUGGAAGGAAAUUUCCAAGAGAAGCAUGGGAUAUGGUGUUGGCAGCUUUUGGACCAAGUAGAGAUCAACCACAAAAACGAAGUAACAGUGGCAAUAGUGGAACAAGUACUGGUAGUGCUUCGCGAGAUGUUAUUGCUAGUAUUGCAGGUACACUUAAUAGAUUACGUGAACCUAUGGUUCUUACUGUUGUUAUUUCAUUAUUAGCACGUCUGCGAAAUGUUUUACGUGAUGAAUCUAGUCUUGAAUUACACACACAAUAUCUUUCUCUUUGGCCUGCUGGUGUACCAAAUGCUAAUUCUUAUAAUAUCCGAAGUAUUGGAGAAUUAUUGUUUCAAUUAUUGACACAAGCUUUGAAAUACUAUCCAAGUAAUGUUCCUUGGUUGAGAUUGAUGGGAGAUCUUAAUUUUGGAUACUAUGAGAGUGCAAUAAAAUACUAUUUAGAAGCUAUAAUGGUAGCUAGUGAUCUCUUCAGUCAACCAAUACCGAGGUCACAGAUCGACGAUCUCGUGUAUAGACGCAUGAUUAAAUGUUGUGCUCAUUUACAAUGUUAUACUCAAGCUGCUGUACUGUGCCAAUUUUUAGAGGAAGUAGAUUAUACUUUAGCUUUUAAAAUGGCAGCUAGCGAUCAAAAAAGUUGUGCACCAGCAGAUGCUAUGGAUGCAUAUUACUAUUGUAUUUGGGAUACUACAAUACUAGAGUAUCUCAUUCAUUUACAUACAAAGCGCGGUGAACAUCAUAGAAAACAAUUAGCGGUAAUUGGCUCGUUAGAAUUGAAUUCCAAUAAUAACGAAGAAAUACAAAGAGAAGCAGCAAACAUUCGGAAAGCAAAGUUCUUAAGAGCAUUGGCAAAACAGUAUGUUUAUUAAUAAAAAUGUAUAUAAUAAUAAUUUUAUAUAACCAUAUAGUAAUUUUAUACUAUUUAAAUACAACGAUUUUUAUAUUUAUAUUUAUAAUUGAUAAUUAAAACAAUCAAAUCUCCCUCUUUUGCCGCGUUUAACUCGUACCAAUCACAGCUUUUUGUUUUUUACUCUAAUCGAUCUAAUGAAGCACGGAAUUAAUAAAAUAAUUUUAUUAUAUAUGUUAUUUUGUUAAAUUCAUGCUAUGAAAAAAUAAUUUUUAAAAUAUAAGUGAUCAUUUGUUUACUAGAAUGAAAAUUUUUUAACAUUUUGUAAUGUAUCGUCUUUUUCAUGUGAGUCAUCUACGAUCAGCCCUUAUCGUUGAAUACAUUGUCGUUGCGUAGUGCGAUGAGUGUAUGUUAUUGCUGUACGUAAACGUAUAUAUAAAUUAUGUUUAUACGUUGAAAACAAAGUGUGCAAAAAAAGUUAAUUUUCUAUGAGAAAUUAUAAUAAAUAGAGAAAUUUGAUAAAUUAUAGGUAAUAUGCGUUAACAUUGUUAAAUCACUGUUCUCAUAGAACUGCCUUCGUAAACAAGGCGCCAUGUUCUUGCAACGCCAUAAUACUGUUAUACGACGUUUCCUUCUUUCUAUGAUAAAUAUUUAUAAUUAAAACUGCAUGUGAAAUACGAAUGGGAUAAGUUACGUUUUACGUAUUUUUGUGCAUCAGAAUUUCCAGCUGUUCGAUUUUGGUGAGUACGUGAAAAAGUACGUGAGUACUUGAGGGACUCUCAGUACUAUUACUUAUUACAAAUACCCUGAUUCUAUCAAAAAGGAGUGAAAAAGAUAGAGAUUGAAAGACAGAGAAAAAUCGUCGUGAAAGAAAAAAAGAGAAAGAAAUAUUAUGUACGCUACGAGUAGUUAUACUGUAUUACAAGAAAAUUUACUCAGAUAUUUAUCGUGUUCGUAGAAUUGUUGUCAGAAUACGAUAAACUGAAGGUGAAAAUCGAUAAAUUCAUAGAUAUUUUUAUUUAAUUGUGAUGGCGAGAGGUUGGCGUCAAGAAUGUAGCAGCAAGAGUGGGAGAUUGUAGUAAAAACAAUGCUGGAUCGUUAAGCGAGUUCUAUAUAUGUAUGUAAUUUACUAUUAGUUAUUUUUCAUUUUUAUAAUAUAUUUCUUUUACAUUUAUAAUAUUUAAUAUUUUGUUAUUGUGUUUUAUAUUUUAUGUAUUCUGUAUAUUAAAUUCUUCAAAUAUUUAACCUCACAUUUAACGUAAUGUAUAUAUUUUUUCGUUUAACCAGCGUUAUUUUCUUAGCACGAGUCAAAUAGAACUUAAAAAUUACAUUAUCCUUCUGAUAUACAAAAUAUUAAUUUUAUUAUUAAUUUUAGAAAUAAAACGUGUUGAAAAGAGAUAUUUCUAUAAAUAUCAGAAAAUUUUGAAUGCAUGGCAAUUGAUAAAAUUAUAUUAAAUUACAGGUUGUUACAAAACAAGAACUAUAA